AUGAACAAAGGUGUGAGUUUAACGCCAUUUUUGUCUUUAUUAGUGUGGAUCAGUCUCGUCGGUACGGUAUCCGGUGCAGGGACAUUGAACGUUUCCUCCAGUCAGGUACGAACUUGGUACUCGGCAGUUCUAGCGUCAUACCAGGACGAUGUGAUACCGACAGAUGACACUAGCAAUACCCUCGUGGUCACCAUAGAUUAUUCCAUCAGAGCAAUCACCGAGUUUGACGAGCUGGCCGGAACCCUGGCUACUGUGGGUAUACUGGACAUUAGCUGGACAAGCCAGCUCACGUGGGAUCCAAACGACUAUGACGGCGUGAACCGCUUCAUCAUGAACAGGGAAGACGUCUGGCACCCGCCCAUCACUCUCUACAAUGCGGUUGACUCUCUGAAGGUACUAGGCCACAAAUACAACAAGGUAACGGUCCGAUAUAACGGUCAGACCACGUGGUCUCCUCCGGUCAUUUUAAAAGCCGGUUGCUCCGUGAAUGUACUGAACUACCCAUUUGAUUCUCAGAACUGUUCUAUUGACAUCAUACCCUGGGACUUUCAUCAGAGUGAGAUUAGAUUAGUUACCACCAGAAGCGAUAUCGAUACUACUUUAUAUGAGGAGAACUUGGUGUGGAAUCUCGAAUCCACAAGUAUACUAUCUUCUACCAUUGAUAGUAAAUCUAUGGUCAGUUUUAAAGUUGACCUCUUGCGCCGGCCGAUGUGGUAUAUUAUUGUGAUGAUAAUCCCCGUACUCCUACUGGGGGUUCUAACCGUCUUCUCAUUUUACAUCCCGGUACCGGAAGGACGGGUAGGCUACGCCAUGACGGCUUUCCUAACAUUCUCUGUGUUUUUGAUUCUCAUUGGUGAUAACAUUCCAAAAUCAUCCGAUCCCAUGUCACUGUUGUCGUGGUAUGUGGUUUGUGAAGUCGCUUUCGGAGGCCUCACAACAAUGGUCACCAUCUUCACCGUCCGUUGGCAUAUCAAAGAUGACGAGAUCCCAGUACCACACAUUGUGAUGACGUUUGUGGCAUGUUUGUGUUGCAAGGUGUGCCAGAAUCCCAACAAGAACCUGAAGGUUCAUCCCGCCAAACAGACAUUGAAACAGAAGGACCCACACACGUGGAUUAACAUCCACGGCAACACGUUUGAAAUGAAGGCGUUAGAUCAGCUCCCACAAGGCAUCAAAUUUGGAGCUCCCAACCAGAAAUGGAAGACGAUUGAAGAGGAGGAGGAAGUUGACAUGGACUUUAGCGAACUAUGUUAUGUACCCAAAGUAAGCUGGGUCACGGUCGCACGGACGCUUGACCAUUUCUUUUUCGUUCUUUUCCUUGGUGGUCAGAUUGCAUUGCUGGCGAUUUUCAUUGUCCCUCUUGUUGUCCAGUAUUAUUAA